AUGAGAUCGUGUAAUCAAAUUCAAGUUUCAAAAAUUUUUAAAAUACCACCUGAGUCUAGAAACAGAUAUAUCGAAAGUAAGAUGGAAUCCGUUGAAGUGGAAUUAGGAGUUACUCCAGAAACUACCUAUUCAGUUGCUGGUAAGCAAAUUAAAUUCAAUUCUGAAGCUGACAUAGAACCAUACAUCAAAGAACUUACUGCCCGUGAAAAUGUCACCAAGAUUGAUUUCUCAGGAAAUACUAUUGGAAUUGAUGCAUCCAAAGCAUUAAGUGAAGCCAUAUUGAAACAUAAAGAUACAAUUAUUGCUGUCGAUUUUUCUGAUUUAUAUACUGGAAGAUUAAAUACUGAAAUUCCAAAAUCUUUGGAAUAUUUAUUACCAGCCUUAUUACAAUUUCCAAAUUUGAAAGUUGUGAAUUUGAGUGAUAAUGCAUUUGGAUUACAAACUAUUGAUCCUAUAGAAGAUUAUUUAACCAAAGCUAUUUCAAUCGAACACUUAAUCUUAUCAAACAAUGGGAUGGGACCUUUUGCUGGGUCUAGAAUUGGUGCAUCGUUGUUCAAAUUAUCCAGAUCUAAAGAAGUCGCAGGAAAACCAUCAUUGAAGACAUUUGUAUGUGGUAGAAAUAGAUUAGAAAAUGGCUCUGUUAAUCAUUUAUGUGUUGGUUUAAGAAAUCAUGAAGAUUUAGAAGUUGUUAGAUUAUAUCAAAAUGGUAUUAGACCAGCUGGGAUUUCUAAAUUAAUUGAAAAGGGGUUAUCACAUAAUAAGAGAUUGAGAGUCUUGGAUUUACAAGAUAAUACAAUCACCACUAAAGGUGCUAUUAAAUUAGCUGAAACUUUAGCUCAUUGGGAUGAAUUGGUUGAAUUGAAUCUUAAUGAUUCAUUAUUGAAAAACAAAGGAUCUUUGAAAAUUGUAGAAGCUUUACACACUGGUGAUGAAAAGAAGAAACUCUUGACUUUGAAAUUACAAUAUAAUGAAUUGGAAGUUGAUAGUUUAAGAUUAUUAGCUGAUGCAAUUGCAUCAAAAUUACCAAAUUUGAAAUUCUUAGAAUUGAAUGGGAAUAGAUUUGAAGAAGAUUCUGAACAUAUUGAAAAGAUUAAUGAAUUAUUCGAAGAAAGAGGAUUUGGUGAAUUAGAUGAAUUAGAUGAAUUGGAAGAAAUUGAUAGUGAUGAAGAAGAAGAUGAAGAAGAUGAAGAGGAAGAAGAUACUUUGGAAGAAGAUCUUGACUUGGAAGAACUUGAACUUGAGUUAGCUGGAUUAGCUGUACAAGAUAAAGAUGCUACCGUUGAUGAACUUACUGCUGGAUUAUCUAAAGCUCAUAUUAGUUAG